AUACCACCGGACUGGAACUUUGACGAAGAACAGCAACUUGUGUUGAGGCCCACACAACGAUCUGUUGGUCGCUCCUAUACAUCACCAGAUUCCUAUCAUUUUGGAGAACUAGAAUCGUCGAAACCAGCUUUCCCGGCACUGCUGUAUUGGUCGCCCACACACAGAAGCUCUUGUUCUCCAACACGGCAUUUCCGUCCAACUGCAUCAACAAGUAGCAACCUUUGGCGUCACCAACGAAGACUGUAGGCAUCCACACAACGAUGCUCCCCUCCCGGAGCUUCAGAUCACAGGCAUCUCCCAGCUCCAACUUGUAGAGCCCGUUGCGAGAAGCGAGAGAUGACCCGGGCAUGAGUUUGGAGUAGCGCAUGGACUUUGAGGAACCCGACCUUCCCGCAACGAUCGCCAGCAGAGUCCACAGCAGGCCCAGCACUCAGCAUGUACUCGACUCCAAAUCGCCCGUCGACGAUGGUGUAGCAGCUGAAGCGGGACUGGUGCAAGGCGUGCUUGACGUACUCGGUGAGAGCUUCAAAGGCUUGGAUGAGCAUGAAGCCAGGAAGAGUUUGGUCUUCGUCGGGGUCAGGAUCGCAUUCAGUAUUGAAGAACCACAACCGGCGGUAACGGUGGAGGAGAAUGAUCGAGGUGAAAAGGUGGUGAGUGGGAUGCUGUUGAUCAGGGUGGUCAGGCCCGCGAUCACCCAGUUAGGAAGUCCGGUGUCGAUUAGGGUGGACAGUCCCUGCAACGAAGAAAUGGUGGCAAUUAGCGCUGAGAAACUCGUCAUGGCGCUUCCAAGCAUAUUGACUCGUGAAAUGGAUUGGUAUGGUUUUUUAUCUGAAAGGUUUGGCGGACGAUGCAAAGACAAAUCUAUUGACAAGUUUGCACUCCUGUCAUCUUCCCAGGCUCUAACCUUUUCCACAGCCAUAGUGAUAGACAAAGAAGAAAGGUAUCUUUACUGGGGCAAGAAUCUUGGGAAAACUAGUUUGCAUGUCUAAAUAUUUAUAGAUCACCCAAAGUAAGUUUCAUUUUGUGGAAAUUAAAGUGUAAUGUAAUUUACAAAAACAA